AUGGUGGAUAAGAACAUUUACAUUGUACAAGGUGAAAUCAACGCGGUGGUGGGAGCCAUAAAGCGUAAUGCCCGAUGGAGCACACACACACAUUUGGAUGAAGAAAGGGAUCCCCUGCUGCAUAGCUUUAGCUUCUUAAAAGACGUGCUGAAUAAUAUAACAGAGCUAUCUGAAAUAGAACCCAACGUCUUUCUUCGGCCUUUCUUGGAAGUAAUCCGUUCUGAAGACACUACAGGCCCCAUAACUGGAUUGGCCCUCACCUCUGUGAAUAAGUUCCUCUCAUAUGCACUAAUAGAUCCCAGCCAUGAGGGCACAGCAGAGGGGAUGGAGAACAUGGCAGAUGCUGUCACUCACGCCCGAUUUGUGGGCACAGAUCAUGCAAGCGAUGAGGUUGUGUUGAUGAAAAUCCUACAGGUUUUGAGGACCUUGUUGCUCACUCCAGUGGGAGCCCACCUCACCAAUGAAUCUGUGUGUGAGAUCAUGCAGUCCUGUUUCCGCAUAUGCUUUGAAAUGAGACUCAGCGAGUUAUUGAGAAAAUCUGCAGAGCACACUCUGGUCGACAUGGUGCAGCUGCUCUUCACAAGGUUGCCUCAGUUUAAAGAAGAGCCUAAAAGUUACAUGGGAACAAACAUGAAGAAGAUCUCUUCAUGUCUCCUCAACAAACUGGAGCUAAGUAGUGGGGAACAGCCCAAAGCCCUGAACCAAUUAGAGAGGGUAUUGCUCUUUAAGAAUCUGAAGUUGAAAAUGAGAGCUGGAGGAAUGAGCGAAUCAUCAAAAUGGAAGAAGCAGAAGAGAUCACCAAGGCCUCCUCGCCAUGUAACUAAGGUCUCUCCUGGGACAGAACAACCAGCAGCUAAUUCUAGUAACACCCCAGCAAGUGGAGUUACUUUCAUAGAUGCUCCUUCUCCCAGCACCUCUGGGAGCUCAGAAAAUGUUUCAUCUGCAGUCAGCCCUGCUACAGACAGUGGUUUGGAGUUGUCCUCACAGGCUACCUCCAAGGAAGAUCUGACAGACUUGGACCAAGUAGCUUCUUUGGGCCUUAAUGCAGGAAUGGCUUCUAAUGAGGCAGAUUCUAAUGAGGCCAGAGUCACUGAAAAUCAAAAUCAGCCUGAACUCCAGAAUGAAAGCCUGAGAGAGGAGAAGAUCCAGUCAGCUUCUGUUGAGUCUAUCCCUGAGGUCCUAGAGGAGUGCACAUAUGUAGCAGAACAGUCUGACUCUGCCUCAGUUCAUGACAUGGACUAUGUAAAUCCCCGAGGAGUACGUUUCACUCAGUCUUCUCAAAAAGAAGGAGCGGCACUUGUCCCUUAUGGGCUACCAUGUAUUAGAGAACUGUUCCGCUUUCUUAUCUCACUCACCAACCCUCAUGACCGCCACAACUCUGAGGUGAUGAUCCACAUGGGGCUGCAGCUGCUAACUGUUGCCCUGGAGUCAGCACCCAUUGCAAAUUGCCAGUCUCUCUUGGGACUUGUGAAGGAGGAAUUGUGCCGGCACCUAUUUCAACUACUGAGUGUUGAACGGCUCAAUCUGUAUGCAGCCUCCCUCAGGGUGUGCUUUCUUCUCUUUGAGAGCAUGAGAGAGCAUCUGAAAUUCCAGCUGGAGAUGUAUGUCAAGAAGCUGAUGGAAAUAAUCACUGUGGAAAACCCAAAGAUGCCCUAUGAAAUGAAGGAGAUGGCUUUGGAAGCCAUUGUUCAGCUGUGGAGAAUCCCCAGUUUCGUGACCGAGCUCUACAUUAACUAUGACUGUGACUAUUACUGCGCCAACCUCUUUGAGGAGCUCACCAAGCUGCUCUCCAAGAAUGCCUUCCCAGUUUCUGGACAGCUGUAUACUGUCCACCUGUUGUCUCUGGAAGCAUUGCUGACAGUUAUAGAUAGCACUGAGGCACAUUGCCAGGCCAAAGUGCUGAGUAACAUACAUCAGCAAGAGAAGGAAGUUGUCAAAUCCAGCCCAGAAACUAUGAACAGCACCAAAGAAACAAGCAAUAAUAAUGAGAGAGUACUCAGUGAGGGUAAAUCUUCCAGUGCAGUCUCAGAGCCAGCUGGAGCAUGUCCUCCCACCAGUAGGUGUCUUAUGGCUGACCAGAUGAAGGAGGGCUGCAUGGAAUUGGAAGGAGGAAGUGAGGCAGCUGAGAAGAGUAUCUUCAGGAAGCCUACUCGAUUUUCUUGUAUCCUUCCAAACCCUCAGGAACUUAUGCAGAUUAAGAACAAAAAGAAGCUCCUGAUAACCGGAACAGAGCAGUUCAACCAAAAGCCAAAGAAAGGGAUACAGUUUCUGCAGGAGAAGAACCUUCUUGCCACCCCCAUCGACAACAAUGAGGUGGCCAGGUGGCUACGGGAAAAUCCUCGUCUGGACAAAAAGAUGAUUGGGGAAUUUGUGAGUGACCGUAAGAACAUAGACUUGCUGGAAAGCUUUGUUGGGACUUUCAGCUUCCAAGGUUUAAGGCUGGAUGAAGCUUUACGACUUUAUCUAGAGGCCUUCAGAUUACCAGGAGAGGCACCUGUAAUCCAGAGACUGUUAGAAGCCUUCACAGAACAUUGGAGGAAAUCAAAUGGGUCCCCAUUUGCUAAUAGUGAUGCCUGCUUUGCCCUGGCCUAUGCAGUUAUUAUGCUGAACACCGACCAGCACAACCAUAAUGUCCGCAAGCAGAAUGUCCCAAUGACUCUGGAGGAGUUUCGGAAGAACCUGAAAGGUGUAAAUGGAGGCAAAGACUUUGAACAGGACAUUUUGGAAGACAUGUACCAUGCCAUCAAAAACGAUGAGAUAGUGAUGCCAGAAGAACAGACGGGCCUGGUAAAGGAAAACUAUAUUUGGAAUGUCCUGCUACAUCGUGGUGCCACUGAUGAGGGAAUAUUUCUCCAUGUGCCUCCUGGAAGCUAUGACCAUGAUCUCUUCACCAUGACGUGGGGGCCAACCAUUGCAGCACUUUCUUAUGUUUUUGACAAGAGUUUAGAAGAAACAAUCAUCCAGAAGGCUAUCUCUGGUUUCAGAAAAUGUGCAAUGAUUUCUGCUCACUAUGGCCUUAGUGAUGUGUUUGACAAUCUCAUAAUUUCUCUCUGCAAGUUUACAGCCCUCAGCAGUGAGUCUAUUGAGAACCUGCCCACUGUUUUUGGAAGUAAUCCCAAGGCCCAUAUUGCAGCAAAGACUGUGUUUCACUUGGCCCAUCGCCAUGGUGACAUUCUGCGGGAGGGCUGGAAAAACAUCAUGGAGGCCAUGUUACAGCUUUUCCGAGCAGAGCUGCUGCCUAAGGCCAUGGUGGAGGUCGAAGACUUUGUGGAUCCUAAUGGCAAAAUCUAUCUGCAACGUGAGGAGACACCAUCUAACCGUGGUGAAUCUACAGUGCUGAGUUUUGUUAGUUGGCUCACCCUCAGCGGGACAGAGCAAUCUGGUAUGAGAGGGCCAUCUACAGAGACGCAGGAGGCAAAACGAGCAGCUGUGGAAUGCAUAAAGCAAUGUGAUCCUGAGAAGUUGAUCACAGAAAGCAAAUUCCUCCAACUUGAAUCCCUCCAGGAGCUCAUGAAGGCUCUAAUCUCUGUGACUCCUGAUGAGGAGACAUAUGAUGAAGAAGAUGCUGCCUUCUGCUUGGAGAUGCUUCUGAGGAUAGUGCUAGAGAAUAGGGACCGUGUGACCUGUGUCUGGCAAACUGUCCGAGACCACCUCUAUCAUCUCUGUGUCCAUGCAAUGGAGUUCUGCUUCUUGGUGGAGAGGGCAGUGGUGGGGCUGCUGAGACUGGCCAUUCGGCUCCUUCGCCGGGAAGAAAUCAGCGCACAGGUUCUCCUCUCAUUACGUAUCCUGCUCAUGAUGAAGCCAAAUGUGCUGUCCAGAGUUAGCCAUGAGGUUGCCUACGGCCUCCAUGAACUCCUGAAGACCAAUGCUGCCAACAUUCACUCUGGGGAUGACUGGUACACGCUCUUCACCCUCCUGGAGUGUAUUGGGUCUGGGGUGAAGCCACCUGCAGCCCUGCAGGUUACAGCAAGGGCAGAUAAUGACACAGGUGCUCAGUCAGACAGCGAGGUCUCCUCCUCCUAUCAUCCUAGUGACAUGAGCCUGGACCGUGGCUACACCUCUGAUUCAGAGGUGUACACAGACCAUGGGAAGCCAGGCAAGAUGCAUCGCUCGGGGACAGAUGUGGAUGUCAUGAACAGUGGCUGGCUUGUGGUGGGGAAAGAUGACAUUGACACCUCCAGAUCCACUGCUGGGCUCAGCAGACUGGGGCCGUCUCCUCUUGUCAACCAGUACAGCCUGACUGUGGGGCUGGAUUUGGGCCCACAUGAUACAAAGUCUCUCAUGAAGUGUGUAGAGUCCCUGUCCUUCAUAGUGCGAGAUGCUGCCCAUGUUACACCUGAGAACUUCGAGCUCUGUGUCAAAACCAUCCGCAUCUUUGUGGAGGCAAGCUUGAAUGGGGGCUACAAAUCCCAGGAAAAGAGGGGGAAAAGCCACAGGUAUGACAGUAAAUCCAGUCGGUUAAAAAAAAAGCCAAAGGAGAGCUCCACACGGCGAUCCCGGGUCUUGAGCCAACACCAGGCACACACACACAGUGAUGAGGACGAGGAUGAGAGCAUCCCUGCCAGCUACCACACUGUAUCUUUACAGGUUAGUCAGGACCUCCUGGACCUCAUGCACACCUUGCACACACGAGCUGCCACCAUCUACAGCUCCUGGGCAGAGGAGCAACGCCAUCUAGAGACGGCAGGGAAGAAAAUCCAAGCAGAUUCCCGAACACUGUGGUCCAACUGCUGGUGUCCUUUGCUACAGG